UAACAUAUGUCACACACUACGUUGCUGAUUGGUUAGGUCUAUCCAAUUGGUGCAGAGGCAUUUUUUGUUCUGCUUCGGUUGAAACACGCCCCAUAAUAACUGCCCAAUGGACGCAGUUUUGGCUCUGGAUGUGACUUAACGUCAGCGAUGCAAAUUAAAAGAGGCGGAGCGCGGGACAUUUAAAACAGACCUUUAAAUAUCUGGUGUGGGUUUUUAAAAUCCCAUUUUAAACUUUAGACAUGGACCAUACGACAGCGUUUUGUUGUAAAGCUGCAUUUCACACACACUACAGUUUCAGCAUAUACCGAUGCUGUUUCAUCUGUGUGUUUUUACUGUUAAUAAUUAGUUCAGCUUCUCCACACACAGUAAUUGAAGGUGUUGAAGGAGAGUCCAUCACCUUGCCAUGCAGUCACACAAACGUUAAACUUACAAGCAAAAAUCUUGUGGUUCACUGGAGACACAAUGACAUCAGGAACGUGCAUGAUAUUAUUCAGAGCAGGAUUUCUGUACAGGAACAGCACUCGGUGUAUAAGAACAGAGCAUCUGUUAAUCCUGAUGAGUGUUUGAGAGGUGACUGCAGUCUGACACUUACCCAACUUCAGGCAUCUGAUGGAGGAAUGUAUUUGUGUUAUAUCCCCGCCAUGGGUGUUUUCCAGAAUGCAGAACUGAUCGUCAAAGGUAGAUCUUUCAGAGAAUACAGAGCUGAUCUGUUAAGAAGCCAUGGUACAGAGACAAGACCGAGUCUGAUCCUAAUUCCUGUUUUUGGAUUUAUCUGCACUUUAUUUAAUUACUUUAUUUAAAUUGGCUGUUCUACUGCACAUGAAGGACUG